UUUAGGGGGGUGCAUGGAAGGGGGGUGUUAGUGAUUUAGUAUUUACAGGCUGUAUAGUGAAAUAAGUUGUUUAGCUGAGUUGGGAACAUUCCUUUGGGUUUAGGAAGUUUCCUCACUAUGCCGCACAGGGCUGCUCUGUGUUAGUGCCCAGGGCUGCUCGGAUUUGUCCUUUUCUUCAUUUUAUUUUUGGAGUUUUUUUAUUAGUAUUUUAUUGAUUUUUUUUUUUUUUUUUCCUCCCUGGUGGUCUGGUCUGCCAGCGGCAGGGGGGUCACCAUGCCUCAAUUAAACAGCGGUGGGGGGGAUGAGCUGGGGGCGAAUGAUGAGCUGAUUCGGUUUAAGGAUGAGGGGGAGCAGGAGGAAAAGAGCCCCGGAGAGGGCUCUGCAGAAGGGGACCUGGCAGACGUCAAAUCCUCGCUGGUCAACGAGUCGGAGAAUCACAGCAGCGACUCGGACUCAGAGGUGGAGAGGCGCCCCCCUCCAAGAGAGAGCUUUGAGAAACACCGGGAUUACCUGUCUGAAGCAUUUAGGAGGCAGCACCAAGACGCAGCUUUCUUCAAAGGACCUCCCUAUGCAGGAUACCCAUUCCUGAUGAUUCCUGACCUUGGAGGCCAUUACUUGCCCAAUGGUGCCCUCUCGCCGAGUGCCCGCACAUAUCUGCAGAUGAAAUGGCCUCUCAUCGAUGCUCCAAGUACUGCCGGCUUGAAGGAUGCCAGGUCGCCGUCACCUGCCCAUCUGUCCAACAAGGUGCCAGUCGUCCAACACCCCCAUCACAUGCACCCCCUAACACCUCUCAUCACCUACAGCAAUGACCGAUUCUCCCCAGUGACUUCUCCAGGACAUUUGUCGCCCGAUAUAGACCCAAAGACGGGAAUCCCCCGCCCUCCUCAUCCGUCUGAACUGUCUCCAUAUUACCCGCUCUCUCCUGGAGCUGUAGGACAGAUUCCUCACCCCCUGGGCUGGCUGGUCCCACAGCAGGGCCAGCCCAUGUAUUCCAUUCCUCCUGGUGGCUUCAGACACCCAUAUCCUGCUCUAGCGAUGAAUGCCUCGAUGUCCAGUUUGGUCUCCAGUCGCUUCUCUCCACACAUGGUGCCUCCCCCUCACCACAGCUUGCACACCUCAGGGAUCCCUCACCCUGCCAUUGUUUCACCUGUUGUAAAGCAAGAACCGUCCUGUGGAAACCUCAGUCCCAACCUCCACUCGAAGUCCUCUGUGCUGGUCAAGAAAGAAGAGGAGAAGAAGCCACAUGUUAAAAAGCCGCUGAAUGCAUUCAUGCUGUACAUGAAAGAGAUGAGAGCCAAGGUCGUAGCUGAGUGCACACUAAAGGAAAGCGCUGCCAUUAACCAGAUCCUUGGUCGUCGGUGGCACUCCUUAUCCCGGGAAGAACAGGCCAAGUACUAUGAGUUAGCCAGGAAAGAGCGGCAGCUUCACUCCCAGCUGUACCCAACAUGGUCUGCACGGGACAACUAUAAAUUGUGUAAUCAACAGGGAAAGAGAAAGAAGAGGAAGAGAGAGAAGCAGUCGCAGGAAGCAGAAGUCACUAAGCCCAAGAAGGUGUGCGUGCAGCAUCUUCCUGCUGAGAAGUCAUGUGACAGUCCAGCCUCCUCCCAUGGCAGCAUGUUGGACUCUCCGGCCACACCUUCUGCUGCUCUGGCUUCUCCUGCAGCACCUGCCGCCACCCACUCUGAACAGGCUCAGCCGCUGUCGCUCACCACCAAACCUGAAGCAAGAAUGCAGAUGUCGCUCAGCCACUCUGCCGCCUUCCUGGCCUCCAAAUCGCCUCCGUCCUCCAGUUAUUCUGGGCACCUGCCGUCCUCUGUUGGAUCCCCUCUGCUCUCUCGACCCAUCCCACUCACAUCCUCCAUAUUGUCUCCGCCUGGGAUCUUCUCUUCCAGCCUGCAAGCUUUACCUAUGAUGCAGGCACAGCCCCUGUCCUUGGUGACCAAAUCCAGUGACUGACGUUCAAAGACUACAUGGCCCGGGAAGUCAGAAAGCACACACAGCUAAAAGGAGGAGCCUUUGCAGCUCUGCAGAUAUUCUGCACUAGUAUAUAUAUGUAUACUGCUUUGCAGACAUGGAUGUGUUUCUGCACUGAUAGGUGUAUAUAGGAUGGUGGGAAAAUGGGGGGACCAUUUUAUCUUGCCCUGUUAAAUACAUAAUACUCCGCGGAUAAGGACAAUGCUCUGCGGAUAUGGACACCAUGGUCUACUGGUGCAGAUAUUUAAUUGUGUUGGCUAGUAUAUGGCAUGCAUCACUUGAGGACAUGUAUGAUGAGUUGAACCAGUAACUAAGAGGUCUGUUAAUGGAACAUCCUAGAAUGGUCCUGUGCAUUACAGCUCGACCCUCCAGUACUCUGUGACAUACAGGCAGACUGAGUAUGGAAAUCUCCCCUCCAGCAGCCAGCCAUUCAAUGCUUUUGGCGACACCAGACCCGCACGGAUUAUUGGUCAAUAUUUGACCUAGCGAUUUUACUCUUAGCUCUGCGGAUUACGUUGUUUAACCAUCCUUUUUUCUUUCUUUUUUUUUUUUUUCUUUUCUUUUUUAUUCUUCUUUUUUUUCUUUCUUGUGUUUAUAUAUAAAUAUAUAUAUUAUUUUUUUUGUUUUGUUUUUUAUAAUAAAAUGAAAAUGGGAUUAAUAGGAAAAAUCCAUGUAUAUUGUACAUAAUGUGCCCGGAUAGGGGAAAUAGGGUAUGCAUGUUUCCUUUUAUGGAUUUCCUUUUUUGUAUGUUCUAAGGGAAAUAAAAAACAGGGGAGGAACAAAGUCUUGAUCUCCUCUUUUUAGUUGCUGUCCUUGGGGCAGCAACCUAUUUUUAUUUGUAAUCUAUCUGGCAUUCCCUGGGCUAUCGCCUCCUAUUUUUCUUCUCCCAUUUUCUGAAGGUUUUUUUUUUUUUUUUUUCCUCCCUUAACCCAUUCUAUUUUUUUUUUUUUCCCUUCCAUUCCAAUGUUUGUUUUUUUGUUUUUUUCUGUUUUGUUUUUUUUUCUAUGGAAAAGAAAAUUAUUGAGAAAAUGUGACUUUUGUAACAAAAUAGAAAAUAUAUUGUGUUUUAAAAUAUAUGGGUUUGUUCUUGUGUUUUUGGUACGGUGUGCAGACUAAAAAGUCUUACUCGGUUGGAAAUGUAGGGUCGGCCCCAAAACAGCUACAUUACAAAGACCUGUGUUGGAGACAAUUGAAACCAAAUAAAGGACAUGAGACCGUUUUUGUUGAA